AUGGAGGCGCCCGAGACAAGAGUCCUGAUCAUAAUCACGGGAGGUACGAUAUGCAUGCAACCUUCCGAAAAUGGUCUUGUACCGGGAAAGGGCUUCCUGAAGAAUGGCCUCGCGCCCCGACCAUCUUUCAAUGAUGGCUCGUACCCUGAACCACUUGAGAUUGUGACCGAUCAGAAAGGCACUCGCAAAGCUGUGCAAAGUCUGCGCACUCCUCCCAGCACCUACGGUCGGCAGGUCCGAUACAGUGUCUUGGAAUUCGAUCACUUGCUUGACAGCAGCAGCAUCGACGCGGAAGGCUGGGAUCAAAUCGCGAGAACCGUCGAACGCAACUAUCAGCUUUAUGAUGGCUUCGUUGUCUUGCACGGAACCGACUCACUGGCCUACACCAGCAGUGCUCUCAGUUUCAUGCUCCAGAACCUAGGAAAGCCUGUCAUUCUUACUGGAUCACAAGCGCCAAUGAUGCAGCUGCAGAAUGAUGCUCAGGACAAUCUACUGGGCGCUCUUGUUAUUGCAGGUCAUUUCAUGAUCCCCGAGGUCUGCUUGUUCUUCAACUUCAAGCUCUUCAGAGGCAAUCGCGCCACAAAGGUGUCAACCGACGACUUCAACGGAUUCGCCAGCCCGAACAUGCCACCUCUUGCUACUAUCAGCAGUCUAAGAACCAACGUCGACUGGGACCUCAUCUAUAGACCAAGAAUCGUGAACCCUUUCAGAGUGCACUCAAACCUGGAUACUGCCCAUGUUGCCUGUUUGCGCAUCUUUCCGGGUAUCAAGCCAGAGAUGGUGGAUCUGUUCCUGCGUACAGAAGGACUAAAGGGCUUGGUUUUGGAAACCUUUGGCGCUGGUAACACCCCUGGAGGACCGGAUUCCCCAAUGACUAGGAUUCUGGCCGAUGCCGUCAAGCGUGGCAUUGUCAUCGUCAAUGUGUCACAGUGUCUGAGCGGCAGUGUCAGCCCACUCUACGCUCCAGCGACCUAUCUUGGUCGUGUGGGCGUGGUGUUCGGCCAAGACAUGACCACAGAAGCCGCUUUGACAAAGCUUUCAUACCUACUCUCAUUGCCUGACUCAACUCCCAAAGACGUGGCUAAACAGAUGCACAACUCACUCAGAGGUGAAUUGACAGAGAGAGGACGAACUCAUUUCCAACAUCCCACGAGCGGCACUCUGACUCCUGAGAUCUCGAGCCUGACUGCGCUGGGCUAUGCUAUUCAAGAUGGAGAUGCUUUGAGCGUGAGAGACGUUGUCAGGGGUGAGAACCGCUGGCUUCUGAAUGACGUGGACUACUCAGGAAACACGCCUGUUCACCUUGCAGCAACUGGCCCCAAUGUUGACGUGUUGAAAGAGAUGCUCAACCUAGGCGCUAGCGUUCAUCUGCGCAACCGUAAUGGGCGUACACCUCUCUUUGUUGCCGCGCACGCAGGGCUUCCCAACCACGUCGAGGCUUUGAGGGAAGCGGGCGCACAUUUGCACUCUGACGAGCUGGAUACAGCUAAGAUAUUCGCAACGUCCGAUCCUCAUCCAGACGUGUGGAAGCUUGCUGGUGUUGACGAGCUAUAG